ACCCACCAAAAAAAAAAGAAAAAGAAAAAGAAAAAGAAAACAUACAUACACACCCACAGCCCCAUAAAAACCAGAAGUACUCAGUGUUUUCUCAGAAGUCUCAGACUGUGCUGCUGCCAGCAUCACACAGCCAGUAACUUGUGUGUGACAGAAAUAAAACAUCUGCAGCCCAUAUUUUGAGCCAGCGAAACUGACGAAGGAUGUUUGCUUCUGGUUGGUCAAUAACGCUUCUGCUGCUUCGCCUGUUUGGCUCAGUUACCUCAUUCCCUGUUUCCAUUUACACACCUGCUCCAUUUCUUCCAUUGCAAAUCUUACCUCCCUCAUCUUUUCCAUCAAAUCUCCCAUCUGACCCUUCUUCCCUCAUCCCUUCCUCCAUCAGCAGCUCUGAAGAAAGAGCCCACUGCCCCUUGAAGAUUUCGCCCUCCACUGUGGUGGUCAGGUUUGAAGAUCCAGUCACAGUCAACUGCUCUGUACCACCAACUGGUCUUCUUGCUCUGGGUUGGGAAGUCCCCAACAGCAUGGAGACUCCACUGUUCACUAUGGGUCGUUUUCUGGUCUGGAGUGUGGAUAGGAUGACUGAGUGGAACAUCAAGCCUAAGUGCUACGCACUAGUUGAACAGGGAGGGCAGUGCCACAUAGAGCUGCUUGUAAUAGUCUACAAGCCUCCAGAUAAUGUGUCCAUCAGCUUUAGGAAUCACUCUGGACCGUUGUUAGAGGGUCAUCAGUACACUCUGCAGUGUGAAGUACACAACGUUGCUCCUGUAGAAAACCUCACUGUGACCUUCUACAGAGGAAAGACAGCACUGGGUCAACUACAGUCCAACAACACAGAGAAGACACCAAUGACUGAAAUUUUCACUGUGGACAUCAUCCCCAGUAAAGAAGACAAUGGAGUCCAGUACUGGUGUGAAGCCAAGCUAGAACUGGGACCUGAAGGACCAGAGCAUCCUCCAGUGGUGACGUCACAAAAACUAAAAGCUGCAGUCCUCUUUGGUCCACACCUCAUUUGCCCAACAAAACUGCAGGUGAAAGAGGGAGAGAGCCUCAGCUGUGAGGUGAGAGGAAACCCUCAACCAUCAGUCACCUGGCUCAGAGAUGGCCAGGUGGUUGUCUUGCCUUCUCACUCAAGCAGAAAGCAUGCUGGGAAAUACACAGUCUGGACAAAAGGACAUCUUGGACAGAAAAACUUUACAGUGGAGGUGGAAAUCCUUUCUGGCAGUGGAACUGCAAACAGCUGCAAUAGAUAUUUCCUUUUGGCCAUCCUGUUUAUUCAGAUUAACUGGCUGUAAAACCUCCUACAUGAACCCAGCGUGAUCUGUCUUCCUAUAUUGUUUGUAUGAACUACUCCAACUGUGAAGAAAUAUUUGCCAGGAGGAGACUCUUAUGUCCACAUUGGUUUCACUUUGAAUUCAUGUCUUUUUGUACCUCUUCAUGUUCAACUUUUCAAAAAAAAAAAAAAAAAAGGGGGAAAAAUGAAGGUCUCUGCUUGAGAGCUUCUGCCCAGGUACACUUUAUUCUAUUAUUAAACUCUGUGUAAUGCAUAACACUUUACCUGCACAACAGGUGAAUUUCAAAUCAUCCACAAAAAUUCACAUUCUACUCUUGUCAAACUGAUCAUACUACCAUAGGUCUGGGACAGUAGUAUGCUUACCCCCUUGCCUGUUUGUUUUAAAAAGUUGUUUGUCUGAAAACCAACAUUGUUUUUCAGACAACAUUGUCUGAAAAACAAUGUUGGUGUUUUUCCUGUAUACAUAGGUAUGUGGUGCCUUCCUCACUUCCCUUGAAAAUGAACCAUCACAUGUCCAACAGCAACAUGUUCCUGCUUUAGCCUUGAACUUUUCCAGUAGUUACAAAUGUGGUCAAAAUGAAUAGAACUGCUGGUUAAUCACUGAUGCAAUGUCAAACAUGUAAAAGUGGCAAUACAGUUCAUUAUAAAAAGUGUUGGAGCAGGUAACAUUUUUAAAAGGAAUGUGACUGAAACUUCAAUCCCGCUGGCCGGAGCUCAUGCCAAAACCAGAACACAUUGUUUUAGCAGUGAGAAUAAAAUGUGGACAAUACUAAAGCUAAAUGUUCAAACCUCUGUUUCUGUACCUCAUGUUUAGAUGAUUAAGCUGAAAUAAACUGGUUAUAUAGCA